AUGAGAGCCAGCAUUUUAAAAUAUGUUUUAUUUUCAAUUAUUAUUUGUUCUUUUGAAUAUUCUCAAAAUAGAUUAUAUUUUGUAAAUGAGAGAAACAUAUACCUUGAAAAAAAUAUCACAAAAUUUGGAAAUAAUAGGGGAUUAGCAGAUGUAGACAAUCAAUUCGAUUUGAAUAAUUUUUAUGAGUCAACUUUAAGUCUUGCAAAUCAACUUAAUGACUGCAAUAAUGACAAAGAAAUGGCAUGCCUUCGAAAUAUGAUAGAUUCACAUGUACAGAACCAUCGAGAAAGUAAUACAUUACCAAAUUUAAAUAAUGUAGAUGAGGAAACAAAAAAGGUAAUUCACGAACUUCAAAAGGAAUUAGAAAAAGUAAAAAAAGAGCUUGAUAAAAAAGAGGAUAAAGAAUUAGUAACACAAACGAUACAAAAUAAAAAAAUAAUAAAAAAUGAUGAAAACGUUUCUGAAUCAAAACAUGAAUAUUUUAAAAAAUCUAAAAUUAAAGGAAAAAUGUUGAAGGGAAUACAUAAUUUGCUUAGUUCAAGUGAUAAUAAUGAAUUAAACAUUAAUUCAGAGAUAAAAAAAAUAAGAAAAAAAAUUUUUGUGAAGAUAAUGUUGUUGUUUGGAUUUUCAUUGGCGUUUAUAAUAACAGGAGGGUUAUUAGUUCCAAUAAUUAUUUUAAUUUCACUGACUGCAUAUGACAUAUUUAAGAAGAUGAAAAAAUUGUCUAAGUUGGAUAUCUAA